UACAUGGUGGCUGUUCCCUUUGGUGAACAGCCACCAUGGAAAAAGAGAAGUUGUAUUUUUAGAUUAUGAUCCAUUUACACAUGAAUCAGUGACUGUGUAAGACAUCACAGAAAAUGAUUGCUUUACUAUUUGUUAUCACAUUGAACAUCGUUGUAUCAACCUGCAUUGAAUCAUCAAAACUGGUUGUCGGACAGGUUGGGGAUACAGUUACUCUUCCAUGUAAAUAUGACAUUGACACACAUGGCAUAUUAAACAGUUGUUGGGGAAGACACCAGUCAUGGUUCGGCUGUGAGAACACUGUCAUCUCCACCGAUGGCUUGCAUGUGAACUACAGAGAGUCGCAUAGAUUCAGCUUGGCCAGUGAACUCGACCGAGGUGAUGUUUCGCUGACUAUCAGGGUUGCUCAAAAAAGGGAUGCUGGGCUGUAUGUGUGCCGCAUUGAGAUCCCCGGACCUUUCAAUGACAUUAGUUACAAUGUUUAUUUAUUCAUCAGCAGUGGACUGGAACAGGAUCCAAAGAGCGUUAUCUCGGAUAGACAACUGGACCCUACAAUAUUAAAGCAGGAAGAACAAGUCUACUAUGCAUCAGACACAGCCACAAUCAUUACUGAGCUAUAUAUCACAUCAGAAAAGACUGCAGAUGUUACUGGUGUCUACAUUAGUGAGCCUGACGCAAUGGUCCAUACUGAGGAAACAAUGGAAACAUUUGUCAUAAAUACUGUCAGAAUUGGAGCCAUUGUCUUCGUCCCUGGAUUAAUCAUCACACUUCUGUUUAGACUGCGGCGUUCCAGACAACACACCACCAGCUGCAGAGGAAUUUAAACAUUGCCCAGUACACAGAUAGGUUGUGAUGUUGUCAGGAUUCAUGGAGCAUAAGUAUAAUGAUGUGUGAACUUUUACGGCUUGUUUUCAAUGCUAAUGUUAAUAAAAUGUAUCUGGAGAAUAUUAGAUAAUCUAACUCCUACAAGAAUAUGAAAUAGCUAAUUACAGUGAGGUUAUUUCCUCAUUGAAAUAUGUAGAAAGUGGAACAAUGUUUGUAUGUCUUGAAUGGAAAAUCUUUUUGAUGAAACAUGUACAAAAAUAGAACCGUUUUUCACAUGUCAUGCUGCUCUUUCUCAUAAAUAAAUAACUGAAUAAUUAUU